AGUAUGAAGAAGAGGGGUUACGUUUCAGAUGAUUUUGCAAGUGAAACACUGGAAAACUGCCUUUUUCAUGAACAAUACCAUCAAUUUUCACCAGCGAUAAUGCAGCGGCCAAUUGUUAUACGGUUCUAAAUUAACAAUCGCCCUUUAUAAAUUAGUGUACAGUGUUUUUCCACCUCGCACUUAGUUUUUAUCGCCACUGCGGUUGUUUGUACUGCUGUUUUAUAAUAAAACAAAUUUAUUUCUCUGUACCCAACCGGAAAAUCAGUUCAAAAAAAUUAAAAAAACCGGACUUUAUCACAAUAAAUAGAAAUUAUAAUCUGCCAUUGCCUAAUUAAAUUAAAAAAUAUUAUUAAAAAAAAGUAAAAAAAAACAUGUCGGAAGGGCAAGGGGAGCCGAAUCACAAUAAAAAGGAGAAGGAGGCUGUGAUAGCAGCUAAUGUGCCUAGCGACAGUCCUGUGACGGACCCGGGCCACGUGAGAGGAGGGCCGGCGGAGGCCGGGGCGGCGGGCAAGUUUGACGGCCAGCGCGGGAAGUCCAGCGCUUUGAAGAAAUCAGCUCGGUACCGGAGCAGAUCGCUUUCGGCGUCUUCGGCGGAUUCUUACAGUUCUACCUCUUAUACAGGGUCAUCAUCAGACGAAGACGAAGGCGUUCAACCCCAUGAAAAGGCCAUCGCAGCGGGUCAACCCAACCCACCAUACUGCGUCAGGAACGUGGAACAGCACGCCUUCGGGCGGAGGGAGAUAGAGAUAGCGGAGCAGGAGAUGCCGGGGAUCAUGGCGCUGCGGGCGCGCGCCAAGGACGACAAGCCGCUCAAGGACGCCAAGAUCGUAGGCUGCACGCACAUCAACGCUCAAACCGCCGUGUUGAUAGAAACCCUCGCAGCCUUAGGCGCCACCGUCCGCUGGGCGGCCUGCAACAUCUACAGCACCCAGAACGAGGUCGCCGCCGCUUUGGCACAUGCGGGUAAGAUACAAAAAGAGUUUAAGGCCGGGUAG